GACGUCAGCACGCAAAGCCCCCAAACCCAGACCGAAGCUGUAAACAAUAAAACCCAACCCCGUCCAUCAUCCAUGCGCUAAAUAUGCGUUUAUCCGCGAUGACGGCCGUGUUCGCGGUGCUGCUGUGCCUCCUGUGCUCCCUCAGGUCCGCUCGAGGUUACUAUGGGAACCCCUUGAGCAAGUACAUCCGUCACUACGAGGGUCUGUCGUACGACACGGAUCUGCUUCACGGUCAGCAUCAGAGAGCCAAGAGAGCGCUGUCUCCUCAGGAGCGGGAGCUGAAGCUGGAGUUCCACGCUCACGGCCGACAUUUCAACCUGAGGAUGAAGCGAGACGCCAGGCUGUUUUCAGACGACUUCAAGCUGGAGAUGUCUGGACAGGAGCUGGACUACGACACCUCACACAUCUACACCGGAGAGAUAUACGGUGAACAGGGCUCUCUGACGCACGGCUCGGUCGUGGACGGGAAGUUCGAGGGCUUCAUUCAGACCCAUCGAGGGACGUUUUACGUGGAGCCGGUGGAGAGAUACCUGGAGGAUAAGAACGUCCCGUUCCACUCCGUCAUCUACCACGAGGACGACAUCCAUUAUCCUCACAAAUACGGCCCCGAAGGCGGCUGCGCAGACUCCUCUGUGUUCGAGCGGAUGAAGAGAUACCAGGCGUCUGCGCUGGAGGAACAGGACAAGGAGGAGAGCCUGGAGAAUCAGGUCUUACUGAGGAAGAGGAGGAUGACGCAGGUGGAGAAGAACACGUGCCAGCUCUUCAUCCAGACAGAUCACCUCUUCUACAAAUACUACAAGACCAGAGAGGCGGUCAUCGCUCAGAUCUCCAGUCACGUCAAGGCCAUCGAUGCCAUCUAUCAGGGCACAGACUUCAUGGGCAUCAGGAACAUCAGCUUCAUGGUGAAGAGGAUACGGAUAAACACCACCAGCGACGAGCGCGACCGCUCCAACCCCUUCCGCUUCGCUAACAUCGGCGUGGAGAAGUUUCUGGAGCUGAACUCGGAGCAGAAUCACGACGAUUACUGCCUGGCGUACGUCUUCACGGACCGGGACUUCGACGACGGCGUGCUGGGUCUGGCCUGGGUCGGCGCUCCGGCCGGGAGCUCUGGAGGAAUCUGUGAGAAGAAUAAGCUGUAUUCCGAUGGCAAGAAGAAGUCUCUGAACACCGGGAUCAUCACGGUGCAGAACUACGCCUCGCACGUGCCUCCCAAAGUCUCUCACAUCACCUUCGCUCACGAGGUCGGACACAACUUCGGCUCCCCGCAUGACUCGGGGUCAGAGUGCACUCCGGGUGAGUCCAAGAGCCAGGAUAAGAAGGAGCGAGGGAACUACAUCAUGUACGCUCGAGCCACGUCUGGAGACAAGCUGAACAACAACAAGUUCUCCGUCUGCAGCGUCAAGAACAUCAGCCAGGUGCUGGAGAAGAAGAGAGGCAGCUGCUUCGUGGAGUCCGGGCAGCCCAUCUGUGGGAACGGUCUGGUGGAGCCGGGUGAGGAGUGUGACUGUGGAUACAGUGAUCAGUGUAAAGACGACUGCUGCUAUGACGCUAAUCAGCCAGACAACAGGAAGUGCAAGCUCAAGCCCAACAAAGUGUGCAGUCCGAGUCAGGGCCCCUGCUGCACAGGCCAGUGCUCCUACAAGGGCCGGAACGAGAAGUGUCGUGAGGAGUCGGAGUGUGCUCAUCAGGGCAUGUGUAACGGCGCCUCGGCCCAGUGCCCUACAUCUGAGCCCAAAGCUAACUUCACCGCCUGCCACGGAGACACCCAGGUCUGCCUGAACGGGGGCUGCUCCGGCUCUAUCUGUGAGAAGUACGGGCUGGAGGUCUGCACCUGCGCUAGCAUGGACGGCAAAGACGAGACCGAGCUCUGCCACGUCUGCUGCAUGGAGAAAAUGAACCCUAGCACCUGCAGCAGCACCGGCUCGGAGCGUCUCGCCCGCUUCUUCAAUAAGAAGGUCACCACUCUUCAGGCCGGCUCGCCCUGCAACGACUUCAAGGGCUACUGCGACGUCUUCAUGAAGUGCCGUCUGGUGGACGCUGAUGGUCCUCUGGCGCGCUUAAAGAAGGCCAUCUUCAACCCGGAGCUGUAUGAGAACAUCGCUGAGUGGAUCGUGGCUCACUGGUGGGCGGUCCUGCUGAUGGGGAUCGCUCUCAUCAUGCUGAUGGCUGGCUUCAUUAAGAUCUGCAGCGUUCACACACCCAGCAGCAACCCCAAACUUCCUCCUCCUAAACCUCUGCCAGGUACUCUAAAGAGACGACGAGCCCAGCAGCAGCACCAGCACCAGAACCAGCACCAGAACCAGCACCAGCACGCUCACGCUCACCAGAACCAGCACCAGCGGCCCGCUCCACGCCAGGCCCAGCGCCAGCGCCAGCCCCGGGAGAACUACCAGAUGGGUCAGAUGAGACGCUGAGAGCACCGGUCCACAACGCUUCCUCAGACUGCCCUCCUCUCCGUCCUCGCGUCAUUUCUCUCUGUUUUACCCUCGAGUGCCAAGGUUUACCGGGGUAUUUGUAGAUAGAGCUUCUCCUGUCGUCCCUCUUGAACUCCUCUCAAGACUCCUGGUUUGAUAUCAAACAUCUUUUUAAGGAUUCGUGCGGAGCUUCAGCACGGAAAAGGACUUUUAUUUUGUAAGAGCCGAAACGUUUCGCCUUCCCUUUUCCGCAGACGCGCGGCUGUAUAGAGAAACGAUAUUAGCUGUAUUAUAUGUGAGAACAGAUUAUUUCUUCUACUGUCGAUAAGAGAUUUACAGUUACAGUUUUGUUGACAACACUCAGGACUCAAAAACGCUAACGAAGGAGGCGGCUCCGCGUCGGCCCGCCGUUUACAUGCUUCAUUCGGUGUGCGUUCGUCUUUCUUUGUAUAUAGCUCCACACCUCUAUGGCAAGCCUGCUCCACAUUUAAUCUUCUUCGGCGUCUUUAGAUACUACGAUCUUUUAAAGGUACUAAUUCUUAUAAGAUACUAGUACUUAUUCAUUAGCUGUUAGUGCUUAUUCUUUAGGUACUCUGUAUAUUAUUACUUAUUAUAGUAUUUAUUAGAUACUGGUACGUAUUUCAGCUGUGACUAGUGAGGGUCAAAAACUUUUGCCACUUCUGUGAGGAUAAGAUAUUAAGUUCUGAUUAGUAUGCAUCCAUUAUGUGAGUGAUGUUUUUAAGUAAUACUAGUAAGCAUGCAGCAGAUGCUAACAAAUACUUGGUUAUUUGUUAGUCACUAGUUUUAGGUGCUUAUUUUUUAGACACGUCUUUUGUAGUUGUUGCUAGUAACGGUUCUUGGAUUAAUAGUCACUUUUUCUUUUCUUUCUUUUUUACGCAUUUCCAUAUAUAUCUUUUUUUGUAAGCAGUCAGAAUGGCCACUGUAGAGCUCUAUUAAAAAUCCUGCCAGUAGCAUUUGGAAUACGUACUAGUAUGUAAUAAGCGUGUACUAGUAUCUAAUGAGUAAACACUAGUAUCGAAUGAAAAGGAAGUAUUAUUGUUUAAAGAGGUAGUACUAGCAGUAUGGGAGCGGAUGGAUUGAAUGUUAAAGCGGCUUGCCAUACUCACUUUCACCACACUCCACUAAAGAGGAACGCGUGCAUGAAGAGCAGACUUGAGUUUAAUGUGUGUUUAACAGAACGCUCCUGAAGAAACCAAUCACUUCAGAAGACUGCAGACACCGAGCAUCAUGGGAAAGAUUCUUGCGGUACUAACAGUCACAUUAACACGUUUAGUUUACAGACUCUGACAGAAACACAGCAUCAUCUUCAUCGCCGUGGAGACGGACUGGUCUCUCCGUGAACUCUGUACAGUAACUGGAGGAUUUCUGUUGGUUUUGAUACUGUUCUUUUGUUUUAGCGUUUGUGAGUCCAGACCGAGCGCACCGUACUGCCAUCUGAGGAACAAACCCGGCUCUGUGGUUCUGCGGUGGUCUGGAUCAGAGAAUAUUUGCCUGUAUUUGACUUUUUUUUUCAUUUUUACGUAGUCUUGGUGAAAUUUCAUAGAGGAAAAGUGCACUGAAAAAAAAAAAAAGUCUUAAUCGAGUCCAGAUGUCGUAGGUGAAAAUAGGCCGAACACUAAAAUUGAGAAACGAAUGAAAAAUCUGAACAAACACGGAAAAAAAAGAUUAAUACUGCUGUCUGUUAAUGUUCACUGUGUUUUAUACAGUACCUAAAUUUUUGUUCACUUUGAACAUUUUUACGUAACAUUUCAGAACGUAUUGUGCAAAAGAGAUGUAAUUUUUUUGGAGUACUUGAACUGCAUUAAUAAACAGACUGGGUUGAA